AUCUUUAGGUCUUACCUAGAUGGCAGGUGUUGAUAACGAAGUUCUUAUUAUUGAGAAUAAUGAUGAGGCUUCUGUUUGGACUCAAAAGCAUGAAGAAAUUUUCAUUGAACUUAUGGAAGAAGAAGUCUUAAAGGGAAAUAAGAAUACCACAACUUUUACCAAGCAAUCAUGGAAAUAUAUAAAGGAAGAGUUUUGUGGACGAGCAAAAAGAAAUUAUAGUGAUAUGCAACUAAGGAACAAAUACAAUCAAUUAAAGCAAAAGCAUAAGGAUUUUAAGUCUUUACUAAAAGAGACUGGUAUGGGAUACAAUGCAGUGACUGAAGAAGUUAGUGCGACAGAUGAAGUUUGGGAUAAACUUAUUCGGGUUAACAAGUCUGCUAAAAGAUUUAGAAAGAAAGGUUGUAAGUUUUAUGAGAAAUUAUGCACUAUCUUUGGUGAUACUACUGCAACUGGUUCCAAUGUUCAUCCUUCAACUCGAAGUCCUACUAAUGAUGAUGAUGCAACGUCGAUAAGUCCUACUAUGAAUGAAGAAAGUGGUUUUGAUGAGGAUGGUAACAAAAGAAGAGGUAAAUCAACAGCCACUUCGAACUCUCGAUCAGUAAAAAGAGCAAAGUUCUCAUCAGCUUUGGCAGAUGCACUGGCAACAUAUAAUGAAACUACAAAGCGAAAGACAGAAUUGAUAGAGAGAUCAAUGGCAACAUCUGCAUCACAUUACUUAUUGGAUGGGAGUGUUGAAGCUCUUAAUCAAAUUGAUGGAAUUAGUGGAGAAGUAUACGCAAAAGCUAUUGAGAAGUUUGAGAACGAGGUGUCCAGAGCAUUGUUUCUAAAGAUGCCAGAGUAUAGAAGAAUAGAUUGGUUGCUGAAUUUGAAGUGAAAAAGUUUAGACUUUGUUUAGCUAUGAACAAGAUGACUUUAUUUAGCUAUUAACUUUAGUUUUGUUUAGCUUUUGACUGGAUGACUUUGUUAAGCUAUUGACUGGAUGACUUUAUUAGCUAUUGACUGGAUGACUUGUUAGAUAUUGACUGGAUGACUUUGUUUAGCUAUUGACUGGAUGACUUGUUUUGCCUAUUUUGUUUUAUGGUUUGACUUUGACUUUGAGUGUUUAUAUAUUUUUAUAUAUUGAAUGUAAAAUUUAAAAGUUUUUUCUACUAUCA